AUGUUGACGGUAGUCUCGCCAGGCGGUAAUUUUAAGCGGACCUGUCUUCAAACUUUGUUAUGGAGUGGUCUACUUUUUCAAUCCAGUUGUGACAGUGAAUGGACAGGUGGAAGCACUUCAGAACUUGGAAUACUUGGUCCACCCAUCCUCCAUAUCUCAACCAUCACCAUCACGACAACAAUAGCAUACAACCCUGCUGCUGCACCACCAGAUUCGAUGUAUUCCUUACUAGGAUGCUACAGCCGUGGUCAAGGACCCGGCAAUCCCAAAGGAAAUCUAUUUGGAAAAGAAGGGGACUAUGUCGUCCUAGCUGCGUUGCCUGAUGGCCAGUUGACGAUCCGGGCUUGCCUCGAAGGUUGUGAUGAGUUGGACCCGCCAAAGAAGACUGCGGAUCAUUAUGGACUCGUUGGACUGAGUAAUGGAAGAGAGUGCUUCUGCGGCUUGAAACUUGUGGCAGAAGCUCGUAAACUUACCCUUGAGGAUUGCAACAUGCCUUGCACCGGCGAUUCAGAGCUAUCGUGUGGAGGAGCGGAUACAGUCGCCGUAUAUACUCUCAUUCCUGUCGGCGAGAGCAGCAAGGUUACAAGUCAUGACAAAACCCAGGAUAGCAGCCAGAGCGAUGAGAAAGGAGACGAGAGCGCGACCACCCCUGUAGGAACUACUCUUACAGGAACUUCGCUAUCUUCCGCUGUCGAUACGAGUGCCGCCCUCAAAGCUACAGAUGGCCUAGAGCCUACAGGAACCAAACCCCUAAGCGAUUCACAGGAGACAUCAGGGAUGAUAAUCAUACCCUCGUCAUCACUCCUCCCAUCGGCAAUGCCGUCGGACCCCCCUGAAGCGCCGACCACCGGACCUGCCAUCGCCGCGAUAACAGGCAGUGUCUCAGGCGCUAUCAUCCUGGCUGCGUUCAUAGUUCUAUGUGUCCGAGCCUAUAAGCGGAAGAAGCUCCAGGAGGCCGCACGUAACACAGAGGUUAUACUUAUCCCCGAGAACCAGCACGAGGACAACGGCGAGCAACUCCCGCGACGACCAGUCCCCAGCGCGAUUGACACUAAGGGAUAUCAACUUCGUGAUCUGAACAAAGGAACUGGACGCGUCGCCGGAGACGGCCAUGAACGUGGACAUGGCAAAAGAGACGAGGAUUUAAGUACCGGCGCAUCAACGGACGGCGCAUACUUGGUGCCCUCCACACCCGCUCUCGAGUCUGGCACCCGCCUCCGUCAUCCUGAGCACUCGGCACGUCUCACAACAACUUCAUUGCCAACCUCCGAAAGCGACACCCUGUACAACAAACUAAUGGACGAAGUCCGCGGCGGCCCUGCUACUGUACCAGUAGCGACCCCCUCGCCGUCCAGCCCGCCUCCGUCCGCAACGAGUUCAUCAGUCCAGUGGCGAGGAAACCCCUUGAAACCCCUGACGCCAUCAGCAGCAUCCGCCGGCCAGUUCGAUUUCGAUUUCAACGCCAACGCGAAGCCCGGCGUGUCGAGCCCAGCACCGGCUGCCCGUCCCGAAGCCACCCUUGGUGAUCGUGCCUGGCAUAGACGCAAGAUAUCCACCACGUUCCAGCCACCGGCCAGCGGACCCCCUUCCAUGCCGCUACCCCCCACGCCGCCUCGACGACAGCAGCAAGGUUACGCUUCGGUACACUUCACUCCUACGCCCGCGUCGAGGGUAAAGCCUGGCCACGGCCAGCAUAACGAUGGCGAGAAGAAGAAGAAAGAGGGUCCUCGCGCCGCCGCAUUGCCUGCCGCAUUACCCCUUGGGCUUGUGGUGGGGCCGGCAGGUCAGAGUUCGGCACCAGCAACGCCAGCGCUGAAAGACUCCCCUACGAUGCCGCGAGCGCUGAGGGAUUCCAAGGACUCUCAGGAUUCUCGACGAGGAGAAGGCUUGGUAGGAGGAACUGGACGGGGAAUGAGCGGAGGAGAAGGAAUAGGAGAAGUAGGAGGAAUGCAGCCGUUGCCGCCUAGCACACCCGCGGGACGACAAUCUGACUCUCGACCAAACAGGGACACGAUCUACACGGUGGGAGAAGAAGAGGAAGGAGACUGGCCUGUCGGCGGAGGUAAUGAGGCAAAUGGACCGGACGAUUCGCCUGCAUCGGCAACUACAGUCGGAACGAGUAUUCUCUUCCCAUCGGAUGAUGAGCAUGAUGAGUAA